GUGGAAGUGUAUCUGUAAGAUAAGUUUCUAGACAAAGAAUUGCUGCUACCAAAAGUCAUGAAAGUGGAGGAGGAAAAGUCCGGGAUAGGAAAGCUGGACCCCACUAACUACAGGAGGAGAUGUCCAGAUCAGGAAGACUGCACUUCUAUCCACAUUGGGCUUCCAGUCCCCAGUUACGCUCAAAGAAAAGGUGAUCAGAAAGGACAUCUUUCAGGCCUGCAAAAAGUCCACUGGGGCCUGCGACCUGACAAGCCACAGCAGGAACUGACUGGCCCAGAGAGUGGGGCGAUUGGCCGGGAAGGCAGUGUGGACCUCAUCAACAGGACCCGAUCUCCAGCUGCUGAGCAGCUCCAGGACAUCCUGGGGGAGGAAGAUGAGGCUCCCAACCCCACCCUCUUCACAGAGAUGGACACUCUGCAGCAUGAUGGAGACCAGAUGGAAUGGAAGGAGUCAGCCAGGUGGAUAAAGUUUGAAGAAAAGGUGGAGGAAGGAGGUGAACGCUGGAGCAAGCCGCACGUGUCCACACUGUCCCUGCACAGCCUCUUUGAGCUCCGCACCUGUCUGCAGACGGGGACAGUGCUGCUGGACCUGGACAGUGGCUCCUUGCCACAGAUUAUAGAUGAUGUCAUUGAGAAGCAGAUAGAGGACGGGCUCCUGCGGCCAGAGCUCCGGGAGCGGGUCAGCUACGUCCUCCUGAGGAAGCACCGUCACCAGACCAAGAAGCCCAUCCACCGCUCCCUAGCCGACAUCGGGAAGUCGGUGUCCUCCACCUCCAAUCGCAGCCCCGCCCGGAGCCCGAGCCUGCACCGCUCCACCGAGGACCUGCGCAUGCGCCGAAGCGCCAACUACGGCCGUUUGUGUCACGCCCAGAGCAGAAGCAUGAAUGACAUUUCUCACACCCCAAACACCGACCAGAGGAAAAACAAAUUCAUGAAGAAGAUCCCCAAGGACUCAGAAGCCUCCAAUGUGCUCGUGGGCGAGGUGGACUUCCUGGACCAGCCAUUCAUUGCUUUUGUGCGUCUCAUCCAGUCUGCCAUGCUGGGAGGAGUGACGGAGGUGCCCGUCCCCACCAGAUUUCUUUUCAUACUGCUAGGACCUUCUGGGAGAGCAAAAUCCUACAAUGAAAUUGGCCGAGCCAUUGCAACCCUCAUGGUGGAUGAUCUCUUCAGCGAUGUGGCCUAUAAAGCCCGAAACCGGGAAGACCUUAUCGCAGGAAUUGAUGAGUUUCUGGAUGAGGUCAUCGUCCUUCCCCCUGGAGAAUGGGACCCAAAUAUCCGAAUUGAACCCCCCAAGAAAGUGCCCUCUGCUGACAAGAGGAAAUCUGUGUUUUCCCUGGCCGAGCUGGGCCAGAUGAACGGCUCUGUGGGAGGAGGAGGAGGAGCAGCUGGAGGAGGCAGUGGUGGCGGCGGCGGAGCUGGCAGUGGUGGAGCUGGAGGAGCCAGCAGUGGAGAUGAUGGGGAGAUGCCAGCUGUGCACGAGAUCGGAGAAGAGCUUAUCUGGACAGGAAGGUUCUUCGGUGGACUGUGUCUGGAUAUCAAGAGGAAGCUGCCCUGGUUCCUAAGUGACUUCUGUGAUGGCUUCCACAUCCAGUCCAUCUCUGCCAUCCUAUUCAUCUACCUCGGCUGUAUCACCAACGCGAUCACCUUUGGCGGGCUUCUGGGGGAUGCCACCGACAACUAUCAGGGAGUGAUGGAGAGCUUCCUGGGCACUGCCAUGGCUGGCUCCUUGUUCUGCCUCUUCUCGGGACAGCCCCUCAUCAUCCUCAGCAGCACGGGGCCUAUCCUCAUCUUCGAGAAGCUCCUCUUUGACUUCAGCAAAGGCAAUGGCCUGGACUACAUGGAGUUCCGCCUCUGGAUUGGCCUACACUCAGCCAUCCAGUGCCUUAUCCUGGUGGCCACAGACGCCAGCUUUAUCAUCAAGUAUAUCACCCGCUUCACCGAGGAGGGCUUCUCUACCCUCAUCAGCUUCAUCUUCAUCUAUGAUGCCAUCAAGAAGAUGAUCGGUGCCUUCAAGUACUACCCCAUCAACAUGGACUUCAAACCCGACUCCAUCACCACCUACAGAUGCGAGUGCGUCGCCCCUGACACAGUGAAUACAACCGUGUUCAAUGCUUCAGCCCCGCUGGCACCGAACACCAACGCUUCUCUGUACAACCCCCUUAACCUCACAGCGCUGGACUGGUCCCUGCUGAGCAAGAAGGAGUGUCUGAGCUAUGGUGGGCGCCUGCUGGGGAAUUCCUGCCAGUUCAUCCCCGACCUGGCACUGAUGUCCUUCAUCCUUUUCUUUGGGACAUACUCCAUGACGCUGACCCUGAAGAAGUUCAAAUUCAGCCGUUAUUUCCCUACCAAGGUCCGGGCCCUGGUGGCUGACUUUUCCAUCGUCUUCUCCAUCCUGAUGUUCUGUGGAAUCGAUGCCUGUUUCGGCCUGGAAACCCCCAAGCUGAACGUGCCCAGUGUCAUCAAGCCCACGCGGCCUGACCGAGGCUGGUUCGUGGCCCCCUUUGGGAAGAACCCAUGGUGGGUGUACCUGGCGAGCAUCCUGCCCGCCCUGCUGGUGACUAUCCUGAUCUUCAUGGACCAGCAGAUCACAGCCGUCAUCGUCAACCGGAAGGAGAACAAGCUGAGGAAGGCUGCCGGCUACCACCUGGACCUGUUCUGGGUGGGCGUCCUGAUGGCCCUGUGCUCCUUCAUGGGGCUCCCCUGGUAUGUGGCCGCCACAGUCAUCUCCAUCGCCCACAUCGACAGCCUCAAGAUGGAGACGGAGACCAGCGCCCCUGGGGAGCAGCCCCAGUUCCUGGGGGUCAGGGAACAGAGAGUGACGGGCAUCAUCGUCUUCAUCCUGACAGGAGUCUCUGUCUUCCUGGCCCCCAUCCUCAAGUACAUCCCCCUGCCUGUGCUGUAUGGCGUCUUCCUCUACAUGGGCGUGGCUUCCCUGAACGGCAUCCAGUUCUGGGACCGCUGCAAGCUCUUCCUGAUGCCAGCCAAGCACCAGCCCGACCACGCCUUCCUGCGGCACGUCCCCCUGCGGCGGAUCCACCUCUUCACCCUGGUGCAGAUCCUCUGCCUGGCGGUGCUCUGGAUCCUCAAGUCCACGGUGGCCGCCAUCAUCUUCCCGGUCAUGAUCCUGGGCCUCAUCAUCGUUCGAAGGCUUCUGGACUUCAUCUUCUCCCAGCAUGACCUGGCCUGGAUUGACAACAUCCUCCCGGAGAAGGAGAAGAAGGAGACAGACAAGAAGAAGAAGAGAAGGAAAGGGGCCCAUGACGACAGUGAUGAGGAGCCCCAGUUCCCUCCUCCCUCAGUUAUAAAGAUUCCCAUGGAAAGUGUCCAGUCAGAUCCCCAAAAUGGUAUCCACUGCAUUGCCAGAAAAAGAUCUUCCAGUUGGAGUUACUCACUCUGAUUCAUCCUUCAGUGACUCGGAACUGGAUCGAAGCAUCACCUUGCACUUCAAAAUCUCUUGUCCGACUUCGCCUGCUUUCAACUACUCCCGGAGCCCAGUGUUCAUGGUGCCGCAGGUGAAGAUCGAGAUGGAGUCGGACUAUGACUUCACAGACGUGAACAAAUAUGGAAGAGACGCGGACGCUGAGACCACCCUCUAGGACGGACGGCUGCUCCCGAUCCAGGACACGGGAGGGCCUGGCUCCGUCUAAGGACGGUCUGGGUCAAACUCUUCACUGCUCUGUGCCUAUUUCCUUCUUCACCAGCGGGAGUCCUGCCUGCUAGAACACUGGAGCUCCUUCGAUAAAAAGUACUUCUUAGAGGCAGAGUUCUCCCUUUCUUUUGUAGUCAUUAAAACACCUAAAGCUCAAUGUUAAUACCUAUUUUAUAAUGCAGUCCCGCAUAGACAUUUCUUUUGAAAUGAAAAAAAAAGAAACGCUUGUUUUCCAUAGCUAGGAUAAAGAGAUAAUAGUCAAUUUAUAUUUCAAACAACUACCAAUUAAGAUUUUUAAAAAGAUUAGAUUUAAAUCUAGAUGGUUUGAAAGAACAGUUAAAAAUUUUCUUACGUUAGUAGGCCAAGGUUGGAAUAUGUGUUUUACAGUUGUGCGUACUAAGAAACACUGAAAGGACCUUUUCUCUCCACCUCAUUCCAUUUUCCGAACUUCUGAAGUUCUACGUAAAGUUGAAACCACCUACAUUGUGGGCCUUACCCCAGAGUGUGGCUGGGGGCUUUUCCAGAUUAAAAAAUUCAGUUCCAAAGUCCUUCAGUGAAAGAACCACACAUUUUAAUAGAUGUUUUUAAAAACACAAUGGGUCCUUGGGGAUGGCAGAAGACAUGGUAGUUGGAACUCUGGAUUCCCACAUGGCUGACCACAGUUCGAGUCCCAGAUCUGGCAGCUUGCUUUCUCACUUCCCCUUUCUCUCUCUCCAUCUCUCUAUGAUGAGUACAUGUGCCCUAUAGCAACUAAAAAAAUAAGUAAUAAAUAAAAAUUAAAUUCUUCACAAAAUAAUCCUUUAAAUAAAUAUCACUGCUUUUUCACACCUGGAAUCAAGUUUAUAUAUUUGGAUAGGCCCUUCCUGAACAUUCUCAACGGCUGAUUCCCAAAGUAGACUCCCAUUCACAUGAACAUGAAUAACAUGGGAGGCAGAGCCAGUGUCACAUUUUGGGAGACUGUGUCUUUGCAAUAUUAACCAGACUGUUUCAGAGGAACGAUUAUAAGCAGUUUGGAUAGAUACAAACACCAGUUAUUAUUGAAGUAGGCCCUUUUGGCAUAAAAUUUGAGUCAUUUUAUCUUCAAAUCAUUUAACAAAACACCAAACCAUGUUUAUUUAUUCAACACUUACUAAGUGCCUGAUAGCCGUGAUGCAUCCGACACUUACAUUCUCCCAAACUGCGAUGGAAUUGGGUCUUUGGGAAGUCCUUUUGGUCAGUUACGAUAUUUACUCAAGAUGACAAACGCAGGUGCUUUUUUUUUUUGCUUCUCAGACAAAUGAUACAAGAUCACUAAGCCCUUGAAUACCGUAGCAGGUGGCUGUCUUUGUCACCCUCUGAGCCUCGUGUAGUGUUCUGCGAAAAACUCUCAAUGGGUGUUCAUUACAUUUACUCUCAGAGCUCCCUUCCGAGGGAUACUGCCAAGAGGUAAAACUCGAAGCCUCUACUGCUCUCGCUGAUAGAAUCCCUGUUAUUCACUCACCCAGAACCAUCACCCGAGCUUCAUCAUAGAUUGGCUCUCUUCGUUCGCGCCAAGCUCAGAGCUGACGUCUGCUCUGAACGUUCCAGUGUUAAAGCCAGGCUGAUUCGGGAUAGCACGAGUUAAACGUAGAAAUGUAAAGGAGUCAUGAGUAAAUGUGCUAAUCAAACGAGCUGGAAAACUAAGAUGCUAAUUUGUUGUUGUAAAUUGAUCACUGUAAUUUUUACCUUAUACUUCAUGUCUAUUUUGUAUAUACAUGAACGUUUUCAUUUCUGUAGCUUUUAACAGGCUGACAUAUGGUUACUUCUUCAUGCGAUUAGUAAGUUUUUCCACUGGCAAUGUAACUAUAAUUCAAUAAAACAAUCCUCUGUUCACCUUGUUCCCUGUCUAAUAAUUGGCAGGGAAAUAAAAGCAGGGCAUGGCUUACGGACAUGCGCUGUACACCUCACUUGCAAUUAACAUCUUCAACAAACCGUCCUUCUUCUUUCAUCUCUAGGAAACUAUCGAAAGCGUAAAGCAAGCAGGCAGAGGAACACAGAAGGGGUAGGUCAGACCUGCGUGUUCCUUUCCUUUCUGCCUCAGGCUGCCUACGGCAAGAGCUGUCUGUGCAAAAGCCAAAACACACAGUUCUGGUUGAGAACGUACAGGGACUGAUCUGCGCCUCAAGGUAUGUAUGGGCGGGGCUGGCAGGUGGUGUGGUGGUUAAAGGCUCUGGCCUCCCAAAUGGAUGACCAUGGUUCA